GAGGGUUAUUGGCUGGUGAUGACGCGUCAUCGGAAGCGUCACAGGUUGUUGGAAUAAGGGAAGUCCAGUACGGAGUGUGGUCAGUCAGGAAACAAACACACCGAAGCAACUUAAACAUCGCCUCCAUGCCGAGGAAAAACAAGCCGGAGAUCUUCUCAGCCGGACUCAGCGUCGCCAGGGUGAAGGAGGACACGAGGAUGCCGCGCAGACAGGAAUUGCUGACCAACGUGAUUAGAAGAAAUACGGUUCACACCGCGUUCCCCAAUCCUUAUACACGAGGGGUAUUCGAACAAGGUUUGAUCCAGCGGUCCAUCUUUGGCCUUUUGCAUCAGAACCUCUACCUAAACGUGCAUGAUAACCACCAACAUCAUUAUUAUGAUGGCGAUCAUGAUGAUUAUGAUGAUUAUGAUGAUGAUGACGAUGACGACGAUGACUACGAUGAUGAAUAUGAAGAUGCCCAAAGCAACGCUUCUAGUCCGUUGCCUCCCCAUCCCAGUUUGAGGCUGCUCACACAAGAGGAGGCUGAUAAACACGCGAAGGAGGAGCAGGAGAGAGAGGAACGACGCAAGGAGAAGAUGGAGAGACAGAAACUGAAGAAGUUGCGUCGAAAAGAGAAGAAACGUCUGGAGAAGGAGCAGAAGAAUAAAGAGAGAUGUGAAUUGGAACAGAACCAACCCUCAGGAAGUAAUGAUGAAAAUGUUAUUCAAAAUACAAGUAAGAUAAAAACCGAGCAGUCUGAUGUUGACGCGGAAACGGAAGAUAAAAGCGUAGACGGGGACAGCACCAGGAGUAGUGAGGAACCUGAAGAACGAAUGAAGGCUGCGGACAUAAAGAGUUGUAUAAGCCCCUCCCCCAGGGGGCAGUCUCGCUCCCCGGUGCCGGGGGAGAGGAAAGGAGGCGUGAGGAGGAAGAAGAAGACGACGAAGAACACUACGUCGAGGGAGAGGCGGCGGCGGCCAGACAGGGAGGAGUCUCCUGCUAUCUCCCAGACUCCUCCGCUCCCCAGAGACGCCAGUGCCGAUAAGAAGGAGAAUAUGAACGGCACCCUAGAAGUUUAUUCACAAAAAACAGCAGAACUAGCUGCGUGUGGACAUCGCCUGGCCUCCUGUGGGCAGUAUGAGCAGGCGCUGGAAUACUUUACCGAGGCCAUUAAAUACAACCCCAAGGAAUAUAAGUUAUUUGGUAACCGCUCGUUCUGCUACGAGCGGUUACAGCAGUACGAGUCGGCCCUGCAGGACUCUGAGGUGGCGCUGUCCCUGGAGCCCGGUUGGAUCAAGGGCCACUUCAGACAGGGGAAGGCCCUCUGUGGUCUCAAGCGCUACUACGAAGCCUCCUUGACGUAUAAAAACAUCCUGCGGCAAGAAAGCUCUUCUGUUGAAGCUGCAAGCGAGCUGAAGAGAGCCCAGUGUUUACACUUAAUGGAAAUGGGGUUCUCCGGGGCGGAGGCGUGCGAGGCGCUGAAGGAACACGGCACCCUGGAGGAGGCCCUGGAGGCGCUGUUCAUAGGAGGAGCUGAGCCAGAGGAGGGGUGCUGCAGGGACACUCAGACCCAGCUGGUGAAGGGGGAGGAAGAGGAGGUGGAAGAGGAGGAGGAGGACGAGGAGGAGCGGGGAGAGGAGGACGAGGGGUGGACGGUUUUGGGGCGUAGUCGGCCUCAUCAGGCGAGGAGGCGGAACGCGGCGCCUCUUAAACCCGUCACCGACGCCCCCGUCAAGAACGCCCCCAAAUGGGAGAUGUACUCUGUGUGGGUUGGCUCCAUGGCACCCACCCUCACAAUACCAGCGCUGCACAACCUCUUCAACAGGGCGGGGCAUGUGACCAGCGUUAAGAUGCUGGUGGAGCAGCAGUGUGCCUUCAUCAACUACACCCGGAUGGAGGACUGUGACCGCGCCAUUCAGCUCAUGGAUGGUUUAGUGGUUGAAGGAACUCCCCUGGCUGUCCGUUAUCCAAACAGAUUUCUCAAUGAGAUGAACGGCCAAGAUGGCUAUCCACUUCCUGCUUCUAGGAACCCGAAGGAGUGCUUCUUCUGGAGAACCAACGGCUGCAUCAAGACGGUAGGCUGCAUCUUCAAGCACAUCCCGGAACACAAGCACAUUGACCGGGACAAGCUCAGACCCUGACCAUCGCUUAUCAUCCACGAGUCGGACGCGAUUUGGGAAUUUAUGUCCAAUUUGGUUUCGGCUCAUUUGGGAGUGUUUUUGGCCAAAAUGUUUUAUUUAUGGUUUCUGUUUUUAUUCAUCUUCAUUUAACAAAUUCAGAAGGUCUUUAAGGUUCAAAUUGGUGUUCUGGCAUUUUUGUGAAGUGUUUUUGUUUUAAACUUGCCUCACUUUGGUUCAAACUUUCCCGAAAGCAAUAUGUUCAGUUGAGAAAAGGCAUACUUAAUUUAAAGGAGAACUGCAUUGGUUGUAAAAAUCUGUGUAGGAGCCUUAUUCCUUUGCAUACAGGGUUUGCUAUAAUGCCACUCAAAUGUAUUAACAUCAAAGAUACGUUCGCCCCUAUUGUUUUGAGAAAUAUUUUGUAACCUAUUUUUGGCUGCUGUGACUUGUUGACCACCAGAUGGCAGCAUUUCUUGAUUCUAAAUCUGGUCGAAAGACGUUGGGCUCUUUUUAUUUUCACUAAUAAGGCAUUGCAAAUUCAAGUAAAUGUAUCUGCUCAAUCGUUCUGCAUCAAUGUUCGGUUUAAAAAAAGGAUGUUAUUCAGUCUUCUGUUUCUGUUGAAACAAAAAAUAAAUGAAUCCCCAUUCGAGA